AUGUCUGACCAUCCGGACGUCAAGCCGGACGUUGCGCCCAAGAAGCACAAGGUCAACCUCAACGAUGCUUCUGGAGCUGACCGCCGCGAUGAAGACGAUACUGCCACCGCCAUCCUGAAGAAGAAGAAGAAGCCCAACCAGCUCCUCGUCACCGACUCCACCAACGAUGACAACUCCAUCAUCAUGCUGGCGCCCAGCACCAUGGACACCCUGCAGCUCUUCCGCGGCGACGCCGUCCUCGUCCGCGGCAAGAAGCGGAAGGACACCGUCCUAAUUGUCCUAUCCGACGACGAGCUGGACGAGGGCAGUGCCCGCCUCACCCGUGUGGCCCGCCACAACCUGCGCGUCAAGCACGGCGAUGUCGUCACCAUCCACCCCUGCCCAGACAUCAAAUACGCCAAGCGCAUUGCUGUUCUCCCGAUUGCCGACACCGUCGAGGGCCUGACCGGCUCACUGUUCGACGUCUUCCUUGCCCCCUACUUCCGCGAGGCCUACCGGCCCGUCCGCCAAGGCGACCUGUUCACCGUGCGCGGUGGUAUGCGGCAGGUCGAGUUCAAGGUCGUCGAGGUCGACCCCCCAGAGUACGGCAUUGUCGCCCAGGACACCGUCAUCCACUGCGAGGGCGACCCCAUCCAGCGCGACGAGGAGGAGAACAACCUGAAUGAGGUCGGCUACGAUGACAUUGGCGGCUGCCGCAAGCAGAUGGCCCAGAUUCGCGAGAUGGUCGAGCUGCCGCUGCGGCACCCCCAGCUCUUCAAGUCCAUUGGUAUCAAGCCGCCCCGCGGUGUGCUUCUCUACGGUCCUCCUGGUACCGGUAAGACGCUGAUGGCCCGCGCCGUCGCCAACGAGACGGGCGCCUUCUUCUUCCUCAUCAACGGCCCCGAGAUCAUGUCCAAGAUGGCUGGCGAGUCCGAGUCCAAUCUGCGCAAAGCCUUCGAGGAGGCCGAGAAGAACUCGCCUGCCAUCAUCUUCAUCGACGAGAUCGACUCCAUCGCCCCCAAGCGUGAGAAGACCAACGGCGAGGUCGAGCGCCGCGUCGUCUCGCAGCUGCUCACCCUCAUGGACGGCAUGAAGGCCCGCUCCAACGUCGUCGUCAUGGCCGCCACCAACCGCCCCAACUCCAUCGACCCUGCCCUGCGUCGUUUCGGUCGCUUCGACCGCGAGGUCGACAUUGGCAACAUGAAGCUGGCCGACGACGUCGACCUGGAGCAGAUCGCCGCCGAGACGCACGGCUACGUCGGUUCCGAUUUGGCCGCUCUGUGUUCCGAGGGUGCCAUGCAGCAGAUCCGCGAGAAGAUGGACCUCAUCGACCUCGACGAGGACACCAUCGACGCCGAGGUCCUCGACUCUCUCGGUGUCACCAUGGAGAACUUCCGCUUCGCCCUGGGCGUGUCCAACCCGUCGGCCCUGCGCGAGGUCGCUGUUGUCGAGGUGCCCAACGUCCGCUGGGACGACAUUGGUGGUCUGGAGACGGUCAAGCAGGAGCUCAAGGAGAGCGUCCAGUACCCUGUGGACCACCCCGAGAAGUUCCUCAAGUUUGGCAUGUCGCCCUCCCGCGGUGUGCUCUUCUAUGGUCCGCCCGGUACCGGUAAAACGCUGCUGGCCAAGGCCGUCGCCAACGAGUGCGCGGCCAACUUCAUCUCGGUCAAGGGUCCUGAGCUUCUGAGCAUGUGGUUCGGCGAGUCCGAGAGCAACAUCCGCGACAUCUUUGACAAGGCCCGUGCGGCCGCGCCCUGCGUCGUCUUCCUCGACGAGCUGGAUUCGAUUGCCAAGGCCCGUGGUGGCUCGGUCGGCGAUGCCGGCGGUGCGUCGGACCGUGUCGUCAACCAGCUCCUGACGGAGAUGGACGGCAUGACCUCCAAGAAGAACGUCUUUGUCAUUGGCGCCACCAACCGUCCCGAGCAGCUUGACCCUGCCCUGUGCCGUCCCGGCCGUCUGGACUCGCUCAUCUAUGUGCCCCUGCCCGACGAGGCCGGCCGUCUGGGCAUCCUCAAGGCCCAGCUGCGCAAGACGCCCGUUGCGGACGACGUCGACCUGCAGUACAUUGCCUCCAAGACGCACGGUUUCUCCGGUGCCGAUCUGGGCUUCAUUGCCCAGCGCGCCGUCAAGCUGGCCAUCAAGGAGUCCAUUACGGCCGACAUUGAGCGCACCAAGGCCGCCGAGGCCGCCGGCGAGGAUGUCGAGAUGGACGAGGACCUCGAGGACACGGUUCCCGAACUGGCCAAGCGCCACUUUGAGGAGGCCAUGCAGAUGGCCCGCCGCUCCGUCACGGACGUGGAGAUCCGCCGGUACGAGGCUUUCUCGCAGCAGAUGAAGAACGCCGGUCCCGGCUCGUACUUUAAGUUCCCCGAGGGCGGCAUCGACUCGGCCGGCGCCACCAACCCGGCUGGCUCCGCGCCCGAGGGCUUCGGCGAUGCCGGCGCGGACGACGAGCUCUACGACUAA